AUAGAAAAGGAGUGAAAGAGUAAAACCUCCUCUUCCUUACUCUGGCGCUUCUAAGGAAGCGAAGCCCGCGGUCUCGCUUUGCUUGUUUCAAUCCGACCAGCGAAGGGUAGUCUGAAACGAGAGUCGCUUCAAAAACCCUAAUCACCCAUCGGACAGAAACCGCUGAUAUCAAGAGAAAAAUCAGUACUUUAUUCGAUUCGUUUCAUUUUUGCCAACACAAAGAUGGCAGAAUCAGAGGCCGGAUCUGCGGGAGCAACAGAGACGUCCCUGAAAGACAAAGGCAAUGAGUUCUUCAAAGCGGGGAAUUACCUCAAAGCAGCUGCUCUCUACACUCAGGCCAUCAAGCAAGAUCCUCAGAACCCCGCUCUAUACAGCAACCGAGCUGCUGCCUUCCUGCAUUUGGCGAAGCUUAAUAAAGCACUAGCCGAUGCUGAGACAACAAUCGCAUUGAAUCCCCAGUGGGAAAAGGGCUAUUUCAGAAAAGGAUGUGUGUUGGAGUCAAUGGAACGAUAUGAUGAGGCCUUAGCUGCCUUCGAGACUUCAAUGCAGUAUAAUCCACAGAGUUCAGAAGUAACAAAGAAGAUUAAGAGGUUGAACCAGUUGGUCAGAGAUAAGAAGCGGGAUCAGGAGGUUGAGAAUUUGAGAACCAAUGUUCAGAUGGCAAAGCACUUGGAACCACUAAAGUCCGAACUGUCUGGGAAGUAUGGCCAGAAAGAAGGAUGGGAAGAUGUGCUGUCAUUUGUCAUUGAGACAUUGGAAACAGCAGUUAAAUCUUGGCAUGACACUUCUAAGGUUGACGCUAGAGUUUAUUUCCUCCUUGAUAAAGAAACAACAGACACUGAGAAAUAUGCUCCUGUUGUUAAUAUUGAUAAGGCAUUUGAGUCUCCUCACACCCACAGCAGUUGUUUUACAUUUCUCAGACAAUAUACUGAGGAUUCUUUCUCCAAAGCAGCUUGCUUAGUUGCUCCCAAAAGCAUUAUUUCUUACCCUCAGGUCUGGAAAGGCCAAGGUUCAAGGAAGUGGAAACAUGGGCAAAAUGAUGGGUUCUUUGUCCAAUUUGAAUGUCCAUCCAGUCGGAAAUUAUGGUUUAUUCCGAGUUCUACCGAAAGAGGGAAGACAUUGUGCAGGGAUCCUGUGGAAGUGGACAUCAGUGCCCAUGAGCUUCUUCCACGUCUGUUCAGAGGGAAACAAUCCAGUUCUGAGAAGUAGCGCCAAGUGUAGCUGCUGGGGCUUUAUCUAAGGAACAUGUCGGCUGAUUAGAAGAAUGGGCCAUGAACAGUGAGCGUUGAUAUGAUGCGAACACCUGUGAUACUGUGCUUAGCCCAUGCACCUCCCGUUGUCUUGUGGGUUUUUCUUGAUUAUCUUUCUGAGGCUGCAUUUCAUGUUAUGCCCUUUGAUUCUAAGCUCACUCCCGAUGGUGAUGGGCAGUGUGAGGUGUUUCUUCAUAGCUGCAAGUGGUCUUGAGGUUACCUUGAAGCUGCUAAUUUCCACAAUUUUGUAGAAAAGCUAAAAACGUUUGUUAAAUCUAGGGUUUUCAUUUGGUUUUUGAUACUCCAAUUAUUACUUGGUUUUGUAAGUUUGCGAUGUAUUUACGACAAUACAUAUGAUGCUGGAAGUUGGUUUCUGGAGUUGUUCGUGACCUCAAGGAAAGAAUAUAUCAAGUGCUAGAUUGUUCCUUUUC